AAAAUGUCGGUGUAAUUUUUAAUGGGUUCUGAGAUCUCUCGCCGUGUUGAUUUUCUUUACAUUUUCAUUUUCCUGCAAAUCCUUUUUAUCUCUUCAAUGAAAUGGAUUCAAGUGAUAUUUUUAAGAAACUAACAUGCGGUGCAUCCUUCAAUAAAUCCAAUUUCACCCUCAAAAAGCAGAAAGCAACAUCGUGGAAAAUAAAGGAAGAAAUCAAGAAUGAACCGGGAAACUUGUAUGCUGACUACGAUAAAGUUCACGAUUGGCUCAAAGCCACCGUUCCGGAGGAAGAUAUAAAAUCUGAACCUGAAGAUGAGGAGGAUGAGGCAAUGAAUUUGCUGGACAACGUUACGGAGAGUCGUCCGGAGAGGAAGAAAAAAGAUCGUCAGCUGUCGAAAAAGGUGAAAAAUCUCCUGGCCACAGAGGCAGUUAAUCGGUUGAGGAAUCGGUACAAGUUGAGCGUCAAUGGGACGGAUAUUCCGGCACCAAUUGAGACAUUUGAUGAGAUGGCACAAACAUACAACCUCCGGAUGGAUAUUGCCAACAAUCUAACCAUCUGCGGUUACACGGAUCCAACGCCAAUUCAAAUGCAAGCCAUGCCAGUUAUGCUGGGUAAGAAGCAUUCCCUCCUUGCGUGUGCCCCCACGGGAUCCGGGAAGACAGCUGCCUUCCUCGUGCCGAUCAUUCGAGACCUCGAAGGGCCGAAAAAAGAAGGAUUCCGGGCACUUAUUCUCUGCCCAACACGUGAGCUAGCCAGACAGAUUCUCCGAGAGUGCUCCCGGCUUUCCGAAGGAAUCAACUUCAAGCUUCAUUUAAUCACCAAAACCACACAAAAAGUCGCAGAAAUGUACUCACCGGAAAAGACAAAGCGCUUUGAUAUUCUAAUCUCCACACCCAAUCGCGUUUGCUUCCUACUGCGAGAGAAUCUCCUGGAUUUGAGUAAAGUCCAGUGGUUGGUUAUCGAUGAGGCUGACAAGCUGUUUGAGGAGGGCAAAAAUAGCUUCCGGGAGCAACUGGAUGCAAUUGUGGCUGCGUGCUCGAAUCCCCAGCGACGAGUAGCUCUCUUCAGUGCCACCCACACUCCCACCGUGGGCAAGUGGACGAAGAGCAACCUCAAGGAUUUGAUUAAAGUUUCCGUUGGAGUGCGGAAUUCUGCGACGGAUUCCGUUGAGCAGAAGCUCCUCUUUGUGGGCUCUGAAGCGGGAAAAUUACUCGCUGUGCGGGAUAUCAUCAAGGAGGGUCUCCAGCCGCCUGUUCUUAUCUUCGUACAGAGCAAAGAUCGUGCUCAGCAGCUGCACGGAGAACUUCUCUACGACGGCAUCAAUGUUGAGGCAAUUCACGCGGAUCGAACACAAAAUGAACGCGAUUCCAUCGUUCGGGGUUUCCGGGAGGGGAAGAUUUGGGUGCUGAUCUGCACAGAGCUCAUGAGUCGUGGCAUUGACUUCAAGGGAAUCAAUUUGAUCAUUAACUACGACUUCCCACCAUCAUCAAUCUCCUACGUUCAUCGUAUUGGGCGUGCCGGGAGAGCUGGACGACGUGGCCAGGCUGUAACGUUCUUCACAUCCGACGACGUUGUCAAUCUCCGGAGUAUUGCUCAGAUUAUUCGCAAUUCCGGAGGCACCGUUCCGGAAUACAUGUUAGCGCUGAAGAGACGUUCCAAGCAGGUCCGACGGAAACUCAUGAAGACCGCUCCGAAGCGUGAGGAUAUUACAACACUGCCGCGAUUUAUGCAAAAGAAACCUCGCAAGGGGGUUAAAGAAGGACGUGUGGGAAAGAAAAUAACGAAGAAAACUCCCGGAAAGAAUAAAAGUUGAAUUUUUUAAAAUCA